AUGUCUGCCACUCCAUCUCCAGGCAAUACCUUCUUUCCGCAGGGUCCGCGCAUGCGCCAGCCUUCGCUAUCGUUCCUGUACCGGCUUGAAUGCGACAUUGCCAGAGACGAGAUCAAUGUCGGCGCACCCCACAAUGCAGGUAUCAUCCGCAGUAUUGCCAACAUUGUCCGCGGCAGCAUGAAAGGACCCGGCAUCGAGGGCGAGGUACUUCCGCUAGGGGGAGCAGACUGGGCAACCAUGGUGAAAGGAACACAUGUCAGUUAA